AACAUGUCCGUGCAGCCAAACGUACACCCCGAGGCUCCCAAACAUAAACCCGGCGGCGCUCAAUCUGUGGUGCCUCAUCCGCCCCCGGAGGAUCAUCACGACGUACCGCGACAAAAGCCGAUCCUGAAUACUGGAUGGAAAGGACCUAUUCCCAGCCAGGAGGGAGGAAGCAGCGAAGCGGGCUUCAUGUACAAGCCGCCGUACGACUGGAGAAGCGAAGGCGAUCUUUUCGAGCCCAAGUACUACUCGCAAUGCUGGUGCGGGAACGUCGCGUUCGAGUUUCAUGGAGAUCCCGUAGACGCGAAGCAUUGUCACUGUAAGCAGUGCCAGCACCUCCAUGGCGCGCCUUUCCAGUGGGCAGUGAUAUUCCCGAAGACCUCCGUUCGAAUGGUGAAGAACGAGAACGACAGCCUCCACUUCUUCUCCACCCAAAGACGUCAAGGCGUACACGAUGUCCCAUGCAAGGUCUCCUGUAACGAAUGCCGCUCGCCCAUGUUUGACGAGGGCCGUAACACCGUUCUCGCAUACCCCUCAUCCUUCAAAUUCCAAGACGGCAAGGUCCCUCUCGACUUCCAGCCCACCGCGCACAUCUUCUAUGGCCAGCGCGUCAUGGAGGUGCCAGAUGGGGUCCCGAAGUGGUCGGGCCACAAGGGCCAGAGCGAGCUCUUGCCGGAGCUCACAGAUCAGGAAGGCAUGAUGCCAAAAUACAAGGGACGUCAGCCUGACGCGGAUCAAGCCAACGUUAACGCGAACGAGCGGGAGGCAUAGAGUUGGGAGGCCGUCUAAGCCUCUUCAUGGAUAGUGAACUGACAGCGUCACUUCAUACACGUUGUAUUGAGUUCAAUAACAG